AUGGACGACUUGCUUAAUUUCUGUUGUUGUCGAGGAGCCGGCGGUGGUUUCCGAGUACCUGGUGCUCUUGUUGAUGCCGCUGUCGAUUCUCUCGAACCAGUAGAAGUUAUUGUCGAUCAAUCUAACAGCAGCUUGACUGCGCCAUCUUUUGCCUUCGCCAAACCUCCUGCAGGUUUGGCCUUGUUGGCAGCUUUGGCGCUUGCUGUGUGCUGGAUGUAUGGAAUGUCUGGAAGAACAUUUGAUGUACUGGAAGAAUGUCUGGAAAACGAACGAAUGGAUGUAUGUGAUAGCGAGGAUGAAGACGAUGAACCGAAUAUGAGCGAAUGUGAGGAUGAUGAUGAAACCGCUAUGAGUGAUAGUGAAACAGACAUGAGCGAAGUUGAAGAUGAUAUCGAUAUGAAUGAUAGUGAAAAUGACUUUGAAAUUGAUAUGAGUGAGAAUGAGAAUGACAUGGAAACUGUUAUGAGCGAAAAUGAGAAUGACACGGAAACUGAAGUGAGCAAUGUGUCUAGACUGGAAGAGAGUCUAGAACUGGAAGAUUUGGAAGACAGUAAGGAUGAACUGGAAGAGACCCAUGACAUAGAAGAACUGGAAAGCACUGAGGAGGAAGGAGAGCUGCCGCGACUACAUCAAGGACAACCAGAUGUAGAAAAGGAGACAUUGCAAGAAGCCCUGGAAAAGAGUCAGAUUAAUGGCACAAGAAUGGAACAUCUGUGGAAGGAAGCAGAAAAGGCGAUUGAACGGCUUCAAAGGCAACUUGAGGAUAAGGAUAAUUUGCUGGAAAAGAAGGCAGAUGAGACAGCAGCAAUGACCAGACAAAUCGAGAAUAUCUGCUUUCAAAAAGAACAAGUUUUGGCAGAAAAGCGACGCCUAGGAGACGAUUUGGAACUGGCUCUAGACCGGGAACAGAUGAUAGAGAACUUCAAUAAAGAACUGAAGGAGAAAAUAGCAUCUCUGGAGAGACGAUUAGAGAAGAAUGAUCACUUGCUAAAGAAACGGGAAGAAGACGAGAGAGAAAUGAAAAGUCUUUUCCAGAAGGUGAUGGUCGAUAAAGAACGAGAACUGGAGUGCGCUCAAGAGAAAGGAACUGAACUGAGCCUCAAACUUAAAGAGACAGAAACUUUCAAUCAAAUACUUGACGCAGAGAAUGAAGAUUUGAUGAGGCUCGUAGUAGACUACAUGGAGGCCUUAGACCAGAAGGAGAGGAAAGUCGACCAUCUACAAGAAUUACUGGCACGUCAAGCGACAGAGUCUGAAAACGACCAAGAGAAACUGAGGACUCUGGAAGGGCAAAUGACGGCCAUUGAAGGUACUGUAGAAGAACUGGAAAAUCAACUGAUGGACGUUCAAGAGAACCAAGAAGCUCUCCGAGGAAAACUUAAGCUUACUGAAUCAGAAAACUCUAGACUUAGGGAGGUAGCAGCUGACCUACGAGAUAGAAAUUGUGAGCUUGAGAAAAACCUGGCAGACGAGACCCACACGAACUUGGUACUAGAAGAUCAAGUUCAGUUGUUAGAAUCAGUUUUGUGCCAAAAAGAAUCUCAGUUGGUCUCUGCCUCAGAAAUUCUAAAUGCAGAAAGAGCGAAAACUGAGAUUAUGGCACAAGAACUAGAAGUGAUGAGGAACUGGGUCUCAGAACUAGGAGGAGAGAAUGCAAACCUUAAAGAAGAGUUAGGAGCAAAGGAUGCAGAAGUGACUUCACUAAAGAAAGAAUUACACAAUGAGAAGAAGAGGACCCAAGUUCUAGCUGGAGAAGCCCAGGUUAUGAGGAACUGGGUCGCAGAACUAGGAGGAGAGAAUGCAAACUAUAAAGAAGAGUUAGAAGCAAAGGAAGCAGAAGUGACUUCACUAAAGAAAGAGUUAGAUGAUGAGAAGAAGAGGACCCAAGUUCUGGCUGGAGAAGCCCAGGUCAUGAAGAACUGGGUCGCAGAACUUGGUGGAGAGAACACCAAGCUUCAAGAUGAAGUAAACAAAAACCACCUGAAACUAAAUUCACUUCUGAAAUCUUUAAGGAAAGCGAAACAGAGGAACAGAAAUCUCCAGGAUGCUCUCCAUCAUGGUAAGGAGAAGGAAAACUUGUUGGAAAAGGAAAAGAAGAGAGGAAAUGAGAUGAUGGCUUCCCUGAGAACUGUCAAAGUAGAGCUCGAAAACAAGGACCUCCAAAUUGAAAACUUCUUAUACAUGGAGAGAAAACUGAUAUGUGAUAAAGAAGAACUUGCAGAGAAACUAGGCGUCGCUCUCAAUCACAGGAAGGAACUGGACAGCUUGCUGGAGGAGGCAGACAGAAAGGCGAGAAAACUCGCAAAUGAUUUCGAGGAAGAGGUCCAGAAAAGGGAGAACCAACUGAAAGAUUUCUUAGGCAAAGAGGAACAACUCAGGGCUGAAAAGCUAGAGUUGGAAGACAGAUUAGAAAAUGCUGCCAAUCUUCUGAUUAAAGAAGAGAGGGAAAAUGUAAACUGGCAGCAAAUGUUACAGGAAAAGGAAAAAGAAGUAGAGACGCUGAGGAAAGAUGAAGAAAACCAUCGAGAACAGAGGAAGGAGAUGGAGAUCCAACUCUGGGAAGAUGAGAAAGAGCUGCAGCAGCUUAGAACAGAAUGUGAAAAGCUGAAAGAAAAUUGGAGGAUACAAGAGGAAAAUAUGAUAAAGGAACUACAGCGUCUCAGGGAGCGCCAAAGGAGACAGGAAGAGGCUCUGAGGGAACAGGACAAAUACCUGUUAAUGACGCUUCUUCACGGGACAGCUCAGAGGAACUUCCAUCUGCAGCACAUUGCACGGCAGCCUGGAAUUGAAACUCUGGACAACAUCAGUGAAAAGGAGAAGCAAGAUGAAGGGCAAGAAGCGGAACUGUUGAGGAGGAAGGAGAAACAAUACAGGGAAUACUGUGAAGCCCAGCGUGAGAGGACCAACUACAGGAAGCAGUGGGAAGUCCUAACUCAGACAUUGACGGACCUCACUCAUGGAGAUUCUAACAAGAACUGUGAAAUUUCCAAUGGAAAACCAGAUGACAAAACCUUUCCGUCUCGUCUUCGAGGGCUUUCUCAUUUGCGUGGAAACUCUUGGAAGGAGGAGGAGGAGGAGGAGGAGGAGGAGGACGAGGAGGAUGAGGAGGAGGAGGAGGAGGAGGAGGAGGAGGAGGUCUUUGAAGUCUUUCCUUUGUCGGCUAUGAAAACCUGGCCGUUCAUAUCACCUCACACUGAAGAAGCUCCCGUCAGGGCUCUCCAGAGACACAAUGGAGCAACGGCAUCAAGGUUACAACAAGAAUUUAAGAUAAGUGAUGCAUUGACCAUGAUGAGGUUUGACAAGUUUGUAUUUGGAUUUGAUAUUUCAAAAGCCUUUCACAGAUUAGCCAUUGAUGAUGAGAAUUCCUCAAAAUUUCUCUUUUAUUGGUUUAAGGAUGUUGAAUCCAGAGAUUUUACACCAGUUGUGUAUCGCUCAAAGCGACAUGAGAUUGACUGUAAAGUUGGCACAGAGACUCCACAAGAGGUUAAAAUUCUUGGCAUGUGCUGGGACAGAUAUAAUGAUGUACUAAAGGCCACAUGUGUUAAAAUUAAAUGUUGA